AUGGCGGCCAAAAUUCAUGUCGGUAAGAAACAGCAUUCAUGUGAACAUUGUUUAAAAUUAUUUAAUUCCGCUUCAGUGCUCAAGAUACAUAAAAGAAUCCACACUGGUGAAAAACCGUAUUCCUGUGAACAUUGUUUUAAGGCUUUCACUCAAUCCUCAAGUUUAAUGAAACAUAUGAGAAUCCAUGUUGGUGAAAAGCCUUAUUCGUGCACUUCUUGCCCUAUGGCAUUCAGUCAAUCUUCAAAUUUAACGAGACAUCUGACUGUUCAUACUGGUGAAAAGCGGCAUGUGUGCAAACAUUGUUUGAAGGCAUUCUCUCAAUCUGCCAAAUUAAAGCAACAUCAGACUGUCCAUACUGGUGAAAAGCCCCAUUCGUGCGAAUAUUGUUUUAGGUCAUUCGCUCGAUCUUCAAAUUUAAAGACACAUAUGAGAAUCCAUACUGGUGAAAAGCCAUAUUCGUGCAAUUUUUGCUCUAUGGUAUUCGCUCAUAUUUCAAGUUUAACGAGACAUCUGACUGUCCAUACUGGUGAAAAGCCAUAUUGCUGCGAAUAUUGUUCAAUGGCAUUCGCUCACUCUUCAAGUUUAAAGACACACAUGAGAAUCCAUACUGGUGAAAAGCCAUAUUUGUGUACACAUUGUUCAAAGGCAUUCCCCAAGCAUUCAGAAUUGACGAGACACAUCAUGAUCCAUACUGGUGAAAAGCCAUAUUCGUGCGACUAUUGUUCUAUGGCAUUUGCUGUAUCGUACAGUUUAAAGAAACAUAUAAGUGUCCAUACUGGUGAAAAACCGCACUCGUGUGAAUUUUGUUCCAAGUCCUUUUCCCUCGCUUCAAAUUUGAAGUUGCAUUUGAGAGUGCACACCGGCGAGAAGCCAUAUUCAUGCGAAUUUUGUUCAAAGGCCUUUUCCCGUCCUGCUGGGUUGAAAGCACAUUUGAUAGCACAUGCUAGAGAGAAGGCACAUGCAUGAUAGUCAGGAUUGUAAGAGUUUCGGCCAGUGGUGGUUUUAACCAUGAAUAAAACCGGUUAAAACCGGCCAGGAUAAAAUCAGUUUUAUCCAGUUUUGGCUACUUUGAUAAUUAUCAAAUUUUAAAUGAAACCAAAUAAUAAAUUAUUAAAAGGAAAAGCAAAACAAACCACAAUCAAUCAUCUUUCAUUAUUUAUCUAAAUAGUAUGUUUUACCGUUUGUAGAAAUAACAGCGUGUUUAGAAGAUAAGGUUUACAUGAAAAAUGUGCAUUAACAUUAAAAAAAUAAUAGAGUGAAACAUUGUUAGUUGAAUAGAUAG